AUGGUUGAAAAGCUUUACGUCACCUACAACGAUGUGCACAACCUGUGCAAGGAGUCUGCCGUGCGCCUGCUCGCCGACUUCCAGCCGCAGCUCAUGAUUGCCAUUGGCGGCGGCGGCUACAUUCCCGCGCGCAUUCUGCGUUCAUUCCUCAAGCAGCCUGGCUCACCCAACAUCCCCAUUCAGGCCAUUGGACUCUCCUUGUACGAGCAGCUCGGCGAGGACACCGAAGUCGAGACGCCCGGCACAAAGGUGACGCGCACGCAGUGGCUCGACCUCACUUCUCUCGGUCACAUGCAGAACCUGGUCGGCAAGCGUAUCCUCAUUGUCGACGAGGUCGACGACACGCGCACCACGCUCGAGUACGCCGUCAAGGAGCUCGAAAAGGACGUCGAGGAGGCCCGCAAGAAGAUGCCCGACGGCGAUGCCCAGCCCAAGACGGAAUUCAGCAUCUUUGUCCUCCACAACAAGGACAAGCCUAAAAAGGGCACACUGCCCCACGACAUGGUGCCCGACCGCUACCACGCCGCUCGCACCGUCCCCGACGUCUGGAUCAACUACCCCUGGGAGGCCAUCAACAUUGAGGAGCACGACGAAAACGCCAAUUCUAGUCGCAAGUAG